CAAAAAUAGCCCCAACCAAUUGGUAUAUUGUUUCACUUGAAAACCCUAGCCACCAAAUUUUUCGCGAUCGGGACCUCAUCACUCCUCGAGUGUCGAAACUGAGUUCGAAACUGUUGCAAAAGGUAUGGCGAUUCUAAGUUCACAUGGCAAAUCGACUUGCUUCUGAGCUGUUCGUUAGCAGUAUGUAUUCUUCCUUCAGUGUUUUCCUGAUAAUGUUUGGCAUGAAGGAUCGUUUGUAUAUUCUCAGUUCUGCUUUUCGUAUCUUUCUAAGCCUUCAUUUUGAUUCGUUUCCUGGUUGACUUGGCUUUUAAAUUGUUAGGAUUAUCGUUUUACAUCACAACUAGAGAAUUGGAGAGGUUAUUCUCGCCUUUUGGUGUUGUUAAGGAAGUAAGGCUUGUAAAAGACCCCAGGACCCGACGGCCUAAGGGAUUUGGUUUUGUCAAAUAUGCUUCAGAACUUGAAGCUCAAAAUGCGUUGAAGGCUAUGAAUGGGAGGAUUGUGGAUGGGCGUUUGAUUUUCGUGGAGUUUGCAGAGACCUCGAAACCCAAACACCGGACUUCCUAGAAAACACAAAUAUUCCCCCUAAAUACUAGAUUUUAGAUUAAAAAAAAAUCUCAAUAUCAGUCAGCUAUACUAUGGCAAGCAUCCCGUCACUUUCACAGUCAUCUCUUCUAUUACCAUCACGCCCCUCCCCACCAAGGCGGGUACACCUCAUCACCAGCCGCCACUCAACCUCGCCAGCUGUACACUCCCCCGUCAUUAUCUCGUUAGCGAACCAAAACCCGAAUCUUCCCUUCACAACCAUCCAAGCCCGAGCCUUCUCGGACUCCAAGGUCCCGACCACCUUCACGGUCGACUCGGCCGGCGGAGGCUUCGACAUCCUGCCGGACUCUGGCGGCCCCGACGACAAUUUCAAAGGCAACAGCGGCGGCGGUGGAGGUGACGGGAACGGAGAUGGGCCUUCCGGCGAGGGUCAAGACGAAGGUGGGGCCCACGAAAAAAAACCUCCGGGCCUUUCCAUGUCACAGAAGCUAACGUUGGGGUACGCUGGGCUGAUUGUGAUAGGCGGGAUGGCAGGCUAUGUGAAGGCCGGAAGCGUGAAAUCGCUGGCGAGCGGCCUGUUUUCGGCGUUUGUUUUGGGUUGGGUUUACAAUCUGCUGCCUCGGGCCCCCGUGCAGGCCUCGGUUCUGGGGCUUGGGGUGUCGGCUUUGCUGCUGGUGGUGAUGGGAGGAAGAUUCCGGAAGUCGGGGAAGGUGUUUCCGGCAGGUGUGGUGGCGUUCACGUCGUUGGUGAUGAGUGGCGGGUAUUUGCAUGGGAUACUACGUAGCUUGCACUGAUUGUGUGUGUGUGUGUGUGUGUG